AUGCAAAGUAAUUAAAAUAUUCCUGAAAAUGCUAAUGAGCAUUGUCCAGGAGCCAACUCUGAUUAAGCAGGAAAAAGUGAAGCCUGUUCUGGUUGUCCUAAUUAAUAACUAUGUCAAUAAGGAGCUGGCAAAUAAUUAUUAGGUAAUAUAAGACAUAUUCUUAGAUAAUUCUGAAAUCAUAGAAAAUUUAAAAUAGGUCAAGCACAAGAUACUGGUCUUAUCAGGUAAAGGGGGAGUAGGCAAGAGCACAGUCUCAUCAUAAUUAGCUCAUAUUCUUGCAUCCAAAGGAUUCGAUGUAGGUUUAUUAGAUAUAGACAUCUGUGGACCUAGUAUUCCAAGAAUGAUGGGGUUGGAAACAAGUGAAGUACAUUCAAGCAAUAAUGGUUGGUAACCUAUAUAUAUCAACGAAAAUUUGGGAGUGAUGUCAAUAGGAUUCUUAAUUGAUAAUAAAGAUGAAGCUAUUAUUUGGAGAGGACCAAGAAAAAAUGGACUGAUUAAACAAUUUUUAACUGAUGUUGCUUGGGGAGAAUUAGAUUUCUUAAUUAUUGAUAGUACAUUAUCAAUUCAUCUUUUUAGCUCCUCCUGGAACUUCUGAUGAACACAUUUCAAUUGUUUAAUACCUUAGUCUUACUCCAAAUGAUGGAGCAGUGAUUGUUACAACACCAUAAGAAGUUUCUUUGUCUGACGUAAGAAAAGAGAUCAGCUUUUGUUAAAAGACAAAGACCAAUAUUUUGGGAGUUGUUGAAAAUAUGAGCGGAUUUGUAUGUCCUAAUUGUUAGCACCAUACUGAUAUUUUUCAUCCUACCACUGGAGGAGGAGAUUCAUUAUGCAAAUAGUAUGAACUCUAACUUCUUGGUAAAAUACCACUAGAACCAAAAGUCUUAUUGUCAGCUGAAAAAGGCAAAUGCAUUUAUGAAACAGCUCCUGACUCUGUUGCUGCUCAAAUUUAUACGACUAUUGUAAAUUGUAAGAUUAUAAUUUAACUUUAGCAUUGUUAGAAACAUUAAAAGAAUAACCAAAAUAAUGAUUAAUAUUAUAAUUAUAUGCAAACGCGUUAUCCUCGUCAUUAAAUCACUCAAUCUGUCAUAAAUAUUCAACCUCCUCAGGUUACUGUUGUUAGAAGUAUAUCCCCAGUUGUAGUUAGAACUUUAGAAGGUACUAAAUAUCGUUAUAUAGUUCCGGUAUAUUAUCAGAAUGAUUAAACUAACUGGAAGGAUAAAUACUAUGAACUUAGACAUCAAUAUUGGCUAUUGGAAGAUAAAUGUAGUAAAUUAGAAGAAUUAUAAAUAAAACAUAGUAGAUGUGAAGUUGUAAGAGAAAGUGAAUUAAAAUAAAUUAAUGAAUUAUUUACUUAAAGCUAAUAUGAUAUUAAAUAGCUUAAACAUUGCUUAGCUAAAGUUGAUACUUAAAUGAAUGAAGAUUACAAACUGAAAUAUUAAUAGGCAAACGAUUAACUAGAAUCGAUCAAAUCCGAAUUCAUUAAAUUGCAAUAAGAAUUAUAUUAAUCUUAAUAAUAAUCUACCCAAAAUACUUAGAGAUAACCAUAACAAAUUAAUUAAUUAAUUAUUUCUAAUGCAGAGCUUUAACGAUAAAAUGAAUAAUUGCAAUUAAUUAAUAAAAACCUAUAAUAAUAAAUAGAUACUCUUCAUAUUCGAUAUACUGAGUCCGGAAACCAAUACAAUAAAAUUUAAGAAUUAUUAGCAUUAACCGUCCUUAAAAAUGCAGAAAUAGACAGCCUUAGAGUAUUAGUCUCAGAAAAAGAAAAAAUGAUUUAAUAACUUCGCACUUAAUAUUUAUCAUAAUAUAGAUGA